CCGUCUCCCUCUAAAAGUCGCCAGAAAGAGAGGGAGAGAGGGGGGCGGCCGCGCCCGUCUUCAAUCUCUCCCCCAAAUAUCUAAAAGACAAAUAUAUUCGUAUAAGUCCAAAGUCAACAGUGACAUCUUUUGAAUAUACAUACAGCAUCUUCCCCAUUUGUAAAUCCCAUCUGCAAGAGCUCUGGGUUUUGGGUAUAGGAGAUGGUGGGUGUGCAGAGAAUGUGGGUUGUGGUGUUUUGGACUGUGUUAAACUUCUUCUUCUCUGGUUUGGUUGAUGGGUUUGUUUUAGGGGAGCAGCCACUAUCGAAAAUUGCCAUCCACAGGAUCACUCUUGACCUUAGUAAUUCGACUUCCAUUAGAGCUUCUCCGAUCCUCCUCGGCUCCAAUGGUGAGGAUACUGAAUGGGUGAGUGUUGAUCUUGAGCAUGAUAAUCCAUCCGUUGGUGACUGGAUUGGGGUUUUUUCUCCUGCAAACUUCAACUCAUCCACCUGUUCGCCGGAAAGCUCAGAAUCAAAAGACCAGGCUCCAUAUAUAUGCUCAGCCCCAAUUAAGUAUAAGUUUGUGAAAGACACCAACUCAGGUUAUACAGAGACAGGGAAAGCUUCUUUGAAGUUCCAAAUAAUCAAUCAGCGGGCAGAUUUCUCCUUUGUGUUAUUUACAGGCGGGUUGUCAAAACCAAAACUGGUGGCAGUUUCGAACUCUGUAUCAUUUGCAAAUCCUAAAGCCCCCCUUUAUCCACGCCUUGCUCUAGGAAAGGCUUGGAAUGAAAUGGCAGUGACAUGGACAAGUGGCUAUAACAUAGAUGAAGCCGUUCCAUUUGUUGAAUGGGGUCUAAAGGGAGGACAUCAAAAGCGCUCGCCAGCUGGAACAUCGACAUUUCACCAGAACAGCAUGUGUGGUUCACCGGCACGUACAGUUGGAUGGCGUGAUCCAGGUUUCAUACACACAAGUUUCUUAAAGGAUUUACGGCCAAAUGCAAGGUACAAGUACAGGAUGGGUCAUCUCUUGUCCAGUGGCUCUUAUGUCUGGAGCAGGUCUUAUUCAUUCAGAUCAUCCCCAUUUCCUGGACAGGACUCUUUACAGCGAGUUAUAAUAUUUGGCGACUUGGGAAAGGCAGAGCGUGAUGGUUCAAAUGAAUAUAGUAACUAUCAGCCGGGUUCACUCAACACGACAGACCAACUCAUAAAGGACUUGCCCAACUUUGACAUAGUUUUCCAUAUAGGAGACUUAACAUAUUCAAAUGGGUACCUCUCGCAAUGGGACCAGUUCACUUCACAGGUGGAGCCGAUCGCAUCAACUGUGCCAUAUAUGGUUGCUAGUGGUAAUCAUGAACGUGAUUGGCCAAAUUCGGGAUCCUAUUAUGAUGGGACGGACUCUGGUGGGGAAUGUGGUGUGCCAGCUGAGACUACAUUCUAUUUUCCUGCGAAGAACAGAUCUAAGUUUUGGUACUCGGCAGACUAUGGCAUGUUUCAUUUUUGUGUAGCGGACACCGAAAAUGAUUGGCGGAAGGGAACCGAACAGUACAGGUUCCUUGAGCAUUGUCUUGCAUCAGUAGACAGGAGGAAACAGCCUUGGCUGAUCUUUACUGGUCAUCGGGUCCUUGGGUACUCCUCUGACUUUUGGUAUGCCUUGGAGGGAUCAUAUGCAGAGCCCGGGGCAAGGAAGAGCUUGCAGAAGCUUUGGCAGAAGUACAAGGUGGAUAUUGCAUUAUUUGGCCAUGUCCACAACUAUGAAAGAAUAUGCCCUAUUUACCAGAAUCGGUGUGUGAACCCUGAAAAAUCUCACUACUCUGGCACAGUGAAUGGGACUAUCCAUAUCGUGGUUGGAGGGGGAGGGAGCCACUUAUCCGAGUUCGCCGAUGAGGUACCCAGUUGGAGUAUUUACAGAGAUUACGACUAUGGAUUUGUCAAAAUGACAGCGUUCAACCACUCAUCUCUUCUAUUUGAGUACAAGAAGAGCAGUGAUGGGAAGGUAUAUGAUUCUUUCACAAUCUCAAGGGUAGAUGUCAAGGCCUGUGCGCAUGAUGGCUGUGAGCCAACUACUUUGGCAAAUUGAGAGGAAAUCCUUGUGUGAUUUAUCAUUCAAUAAUGUUGUAGAGCCUCUUGGCUUGUUAAUGAAAAGUGUGUAUAAUGCUGCCCUGUUAUCUUUUUGCA